CACAACAAAAUCUGUCUCAUCAGGACACAUAGGAUUGUCAUCUCUAAGAAAGAAGCUUCUGUUGUUUUCUCUUGAACCAAAUCCCACAACUUUCCCAAUCCCUUUUCUGCUCUUUCUCUCUCUCUCUCUCUCUCUCUUCUUGUUACUUUGUUUCAGUUACUUUCUCAGUGGUCCUUUCUCUUUCUCUUUCUGAGAGGAUACUAAAGAGGAGAUUAAAGUCUUGGGUUUUGUACACUUGGGUUUUUUUUUUUGUUGUCGUUGUUGUUGGGUGGAAGAUUGAUUUAAGGGUUUCUGAUGGCGGAUAAUGAGGGAUUUGGGGGGGACCAUCUCAGAGGAGCAACGAGUUUCUCUCAGCUCUUGCUGGCAGAUGAUGAUGGCGAUGUUGAUGUUGCUGUGGGUCUUGAUGUGGACCGCACCUUCAACUACUCCUCUGUUUUUUCCUCUGAAAAGCCUCCCAAAAUGCUCUGCUUUGGGAACUACCAACACAAAGCAGAGCCAGUGUACUCCGAGACUACAAGGACUCCGCCGCAGAAAUCAGGGGUCACAUGCAGCGAUUCCUCCUCCGCUUCUUCCAGCAAUAAUAGCAGUAUAAACACUUUUUCAAAAUCUGCUCCAACUAAAAAGCGAAAUGGGUCGGGCCAGGAAUUGGUGCAGUGCAUGAGCACCAGCACCACAGCUACGGUGGCAGGUCAGAGAACCUCUAAAAAGCUGAAAAUGGAGAAUCCCACCCCCACUCCGGCCGGCCAUGCAAAGAGAAAGGAGAAGCUGGGUGAACGAAUCACAACAUUGCAGCAGCUUGUUUCUCCGUUUGGCAAGACAGAUACGGCGUCGGUGCUGCACGAAGCGAUGGGAUAUAUCAGGUUUCUGCACGACCAGGUUCAGGUCCUCUGCUCCCCUUACCUUCAACGCCUGCCAUCUUCCUCACCCCACCACCUACUUGAUGAGGGCGGAGAAAACGGGGGAAAAGCAGAAAAGGACUUGAGGAGCAGAGGGCUGUGCUUGGUUCCGGUAGAAUGCACCUUACACGUGGCGAACAGCAACGGUGCUGAUUUCUGGUCGGCUGCUGCCAUGGGGAGCCAUGAUGUUUCAUCGUCAACAAAGCAGUGAAAUUUCCCAGAUUGGUACUUCAAACUGUAAUGGCUGCUCCUUUUUUUGGAAAAAGGGGUCAAAAAGGGUGAAAGAAAAAGAAUGAACAGAAGUUCACACGUUUUUGAAAAUGUGUUUUUCUUUUUCUUUUUCUUUUUGGUUUUUGGGAAGGAAUGGAAUACGUGUGGUUUUUGGGGGUGGAAAUGGGAAGGAUUUUAGCAUGGCUUACACCUGUAAAUUUCCCAUACUUAACCAAUUACCAAGGCAGGCAAUUUUGCAUUUUGAGA